CAGGCAGAGCCGCGGCGCCGGGCUGGGUGUUUUCCCCCCCACGGCGUCUUUCUUCGUUGCUUUCCCCCCUUUCCCCGCCCCAGCUAAGGGCCCCGCAGGCCCGGGAGCCCCCUCAGGGCGGGCCCUAUGAGUGUGUCGCUGGUGGUCCUUCGCUUGGAGCUGGCCGAGACUUCGCCCGUGCCGGGCGGCUUCCCUUACAGCGCGGCCGCCACUGACAUGUCUGAUGAGGAAAUCCAGAAGAAAUCGCUAGCUGCUGCUACAGCGUCCUUGGAAGGAAAGGCGCCUGUGGAGAGAGCAGCCAUCAUUCACCAGCACCUUGGCCACAGGGAGAUGACAGAUAUGAUUAUUGAGACUAUAAAGCCUGCUGCAGCUGAACUGGCAGCAGCGAUGGAAGAAGGCAAAGCUUCUGAGGCUUCCUCCUCUGAGGACCGGAGUAAACAUGACAGCCAAAGUGGCGGGGUUGUUGGGACAGCCCCGGAUUCUCCUUCGAAGCAGCUUCCAGACCAAAUUUCCUUUUUCAGUGGAAAUCCGUCUGUUGAAAUAGUUCACGGCAUCAUGCACCUCUACAAGACCAACAAGAUGACCUCCUUAAAAGAAGGUGUACGGCGCAGCGCCAUGCUGUGCAUUCUCACUGUCCCGGCCACGAUGACCAGCCACGACCUCAUGAAGUUUGUGGCUUCCUUUUAUGAGGUCAUCGAACACAUGAAGAUCAUCCGAGACUCCACCCCGAAUCAGUACAUGGCCUUAAUCAAAUUCAGUACACAGGCAGACGCGGAUAGCUUCUACAUGGCUUGCAACGGCCGGCAGUUCAACUCCAUAGAAGAGGACGUCUGCCAGCUGGUCUACGUGGAGAGAGCCGAGGUCUUCAAGUCUGAGGACGGGGCCAGCCUUCCUGUCAUGGACCUGACCGAGCUUCCGAAGUGCACCGUCUGCCUGGAGCGAAUGGAUGAGUCUGUCAAUGGGAUUCUCACCACCCUGUGCAAUCACAGCUUCCACAGCCAGUGUCUGCAGCGGUGGGAGGACACCACGUGCCCCGUGUGCAGGUACUGUCAGACGCCAGAACCAGUGGAGGAGAACAAGUGCUUUGAGUGCGGAGUCCAAGAAAACCUUUGGAUAUGUCUAAUAUGUGGCCACAUCGGAUGCGGGCGCUACGUGAGCCGGCACGCGUACAAGCACUUUGAGGAGACGCAGCACACCUACGCCAUGCAGCUGACAAAUCACAGAGUCUGGGACUACGCCGGAGACAAUUAUGUUCACCGGCUGGUGGCCAGCAAAACCGAUGGGAAGCUGGUUCAGUACGAGUGCGAGGGGGACAUGUGUCAAGAGGAGAAGAUUGAUGCCUUGCAACUCGAGUACUCGUACUUGCUCACGAGUCAACUGGAGUCCCAGCGCAUCUAUUGGGAGAACAAGAUCGUUCGGAUAGAAAAGGAUACAGCCGAAGAGGUUAACAACAUGAAGACUAAAUUUAAAGAGACCAUUGAGAAAUGUGACGCCCUCGAGCACAGACUGAACGACUUAGUCAAGGAGAAGCAGUCCGUCGAAAGGAAGUGCACCCAGCUGAGCACCAAGGUGUCCAAGCUCACUAACGAACUGAAGGAGGAGCAGGAAAUGAACAAGUGUUUGCGAGCCAACCAGAUCUUGCUCCAGAACAAGCUGAAGGAUGAGGAGAAGGUGCUGAAGGAGACGUGCGAGCAGAAAGACCUGCAGAUCGCAGAGAUCCAGGAGCAGCUCCGGGACGUCAUGUUCUACCUGGAGGCCCAGCAGAAAAUCAACCACCUCCCUGCCGAGGCUCGGCAGGAAAUCCAAGACGGACAGAUUAACAUCGCCAUGGCGGCGGCCAGCUCUUCGGCAGGGGGUCCCGGGAAGCCCUCCUCCCGGAAGGGCCGAGCCAAGAGGGGCAAGUGAGGGAGACAGCGGAGGCGGCGAUUGACCUUAACCGAAACGGGCCGCAGGGGCAUGGCCGAGGGCGGAACGAGAGUCGCCUGCCAGGCAAAAGUAGGCACAAGAGUCUAGCAAGGGAUCAGUCACCCGUUUCCGGAUCCUCUCUUCCCGCGGCGCGCUAGCCCACAGCGAUCGGCAGUCCUUAAGAUUCUUCCCCCCCCCCACCCACACACACACCCUGUGCUAGCUAGCUAGCCAGCUGCUCGUAGGAAGUAUGUAGUGACUUCUUUGGCUGUCUGAUCUUAUUUAACCUCUCCUCUGCUGUGUACCUGAGAACGCCGCGUUCGGUUCUAGAUGCUAGCUUGCAAUCUUAUUUUAAAAAGUGCAAAAACCAAAACAACGA